AUUGAUUUGAUAGGCCAAUAAUAUCAUCCUUUUGUCUUAUCCAUGGCAAUACCCCUCUGUCAACUCUAACUGCUGUAGUUGUAUAGACCAUGGAUGUGCUCGAUUCCCACCCUGCAACAAACGAGACCGCAACCCAGAUGGAAGAGCCCAAAAGGCAGCGGAGGGAGAGCUUGGUCUCCAAUGACUCGCAAACAGCGUCAGACUUUAUUAAUAGCCAGCUAAGACUCGAGGCCGAUGCGCGAGAAGCUCUCCCAUAUUCUUUUGACUCUUGCACACAGCCUUUGGGUGCGCUCCGUCAAAGUCUCUUCUCUUGUUUGACAUGCAACCCCCCACCUUCAGACCUUGAAUUACCAUACCAGGCCGCGGGCGUUUGCUAUUCAUGCUCAAUCUCUUGCCAUGGCGAACAUACGCUCGUUGAGCUAUUCAGUAAGCGUAAUUUUGUAUGCGAUUGUGGAACGACACGGUUCUCAUCCGCCUCACCCUGUAACCUGCGAAUGACCAACAGAGGAACCAAAGGCACCCAUUCAGAGCAGCCUGCGCCGGGUAACAAGUACAACAACAACUUUCGCAGCCUAUUCUGUGGAUGCGGAGAAUUGUAUGACCCGCACCAGGAGAAAGGAACGAUGUUCCAGUGCCUUGGCCUAGGAACUGUUGAAAACGGAGGUUGUGGUGAAGAUUGGUAUCAUCCCGAGUGCCUCCUAGGUCUUCCACGUAAUUGGGCAGCCGCUGCGAAGAAAGGCUCUCAGAUGGAACCAAAGGACAAAGAAUAUCACCAGCAGGAGCAGCAACAGAAUGGAAAUAAUGAAACUACGGUGCUUGCGCCUGCCAACGAGGAUGCAGAGGAUGAGCCACCCUUACCUCCAGGGUUUCCCGAUGAGGACGAUUUUGAGACCUUCAUUUGCUACAAAUGUGUAGAUGCAAAUCCUUGGAUAAAGGUAUAUGCUGGGACGCCUGGCUUUUUACCUCCAGUUUACAAGCAGGGUGUUCCUCUGCAGAAUGCGCCAAACGGAAAUAUCACGCCGGAAACAGCGGGGGAUGCUGGCGAUGAUACGUCCUCAACAAAUUCCAAGAAGCGUGAACUUGAAGAAAUUUCAGACGACAUGCCCAAUACAAAAAGGCAGAAGGAGGAGCCUUCAACAACGCCCACCUCAGGCCCAGAAGAGAAGUUUACCGAACCUUCAAAGCCUGAGCCCAAGCACAAGUCACUCCCAGCGAAUGCCCCCGCAGGCACCUUCUCACUCUUCCUCAAAGAAGAUUUCCGCGACUACCUCUGCCAUUGCCCUUCUUGUUUCCCCAACUUGAUCCCACACCCUCAACUUCGUGAGGAAGAGGAAACCUACGAGCCUCCACUCUCCCAGACUGGGGAUGACGCCAACGGCGAUGGUAGCCAUCACACGGGAAGUCUUCUGGACCUCGGGGAGGCGGCACUCAGCAACAUGGACCGUGUACGUGCGAUUGAAGGAGUUAUGGUGUAUAACCACUUGAAGGACAAGGUGAAGGCUUUCUUAAAGCCAUUCGCAGAGAGUGGUCAGGCCGUUGGGGCUGAGGACAUUAAAGCGUAUUUUGAAAAGCUGAGGGGAGAUGAUCAGGCGAUUAGAGAGGCGGGGGGUGCGGCUUCAGCAUCUGGAUCGCGCAAUGACGGAGACGGUGAAAAUGGCAGUGGCGGUGCAAAUAGGAGAGAGCAGAGUGGUUAUUGAUUCCAUUGAUGGAACAGUUACCCGGCUAUUUCUAGUUGUAUUUUCUAUCUCCUGGAUGGAGCAAGUGUAUUGCAAAUGAAUAACGGACACAAUAGGCACAAUUUACGGACCUCCUUUUAUAUGCUCCGGCGGCGUUGGUUUUCUGACUUUGAAAUUUAUGGAUUUAAUUCUGAUGUCGGCUGGGGCUGUCUUUGAUCUUUUGUC